AUGACAAUCCAACAUCCCAAUGGAGGAAGUGAUCUCCCCACUGAAAAAUGCCUCUUCCCAAUCCGCAACGAUGGCAACACCUCUGCCGACAACGAUAAGACACACUGGGGGCGGACCAAACUAUGUACCUGCACCCUGGAAGCAGCUGGAAUCCUCUCAUCCUCGUCCUGCCCUCCCUCGUGUCCGAAUCAGGGCCAGGAGCCCAACUCGAGCCUGAAAGCGGAGCAGAAAGAUCCCCUGUGCUUUCUAGCUACUGUGUGGGCUCUGAUCCUGUGGGAAUAUGCCGAAGUCGACACAGUCCAGAUCGGUGUGCACCAGACCACUGGCCCUUUCACAGCCAGGAGCGCAGAGAAGCAAUACAUGAAACUGUUUGCUUCUGCGCGAAGUCGGACUGGGGCGGCCUCUGAUUUAUUCCAUAUCGAGAGAUGGUCGGUUUCCAACGUGAACCUGAGUUACUAUCCAUAUUUCAAUACAGGGGUUGCCCUCUAUCACGGUCAAGAUGAGGAGGCAGUGAAUGAUAUGGGCGAAAAGAAGAUAGCAGAACAAUUUUUUGCCCGCAUAUCGCACCAAAUAGACGACGAGGGAUCCAAGGAAGAGGAAGAGAAAGAAAUAGAAGAAGUAGAACAAGAGCAAUGUGCUAUAAUGCUGGCUCUUGAUCUAGAGAAAUCCGAAUGGUUUCUCGUGUACAAAACAGCAGUCCUGUCGAGUGGACAGGCGGAGCAUAUGGCACCCUUUUUGGCUGAAGCCGUGAUGACAGUGGCGAUAAAGGCGAAUACGAAGAGCCUUUCUCAAUUGGCCAUCACCAGCACCGUGCAGCUGAAAACGAUCAGGGAAUGGAAUAGCCAAGUAUUGAUCCAGCCAUCGGUUCCUACCAUCCACCAAAUCAUCCACAAUCUCUCCAAGGCGCAGGCCGACCAUCCCGCUUUAUUGGCAUCAAAUGGCACACUCACGUACGCCGAAUUGGAUGCCGUUUCAUCCCGAUUAGCACGGCAUCUCCAGACAAUAGGGGUCCAGCCAGGCACAUUUAUCCCCGUGUGCUUCAACAAAUCCUUAUGGGCCGUGGUGGCCAUGCUUGCUGUCAACAAAGCUGGGGCAGCAUUUGUGACGUUGGACGCAUCACAGCCCUUGAUUCGCCUGAGAUCAAUUGUGAAGCAGCUCAAUGGCCCUCCCUUGGGACUCACCUCGCCCGAGAAUCAAGCGCUGAUGGAUGAGGUUAUUACACCCACGUUAGCGGUGGAUGCACAAGCUAUGCUCCUGCUCCCCAAGAAUGAGCAGGAUGAGGUUGGCGAGAGCGGCUGGCCAAUCGAUGCAACCGCGCCGUCAUAUUGCUUCUUCACGUCUGGCAGUACGGGCGAACCAAAGGGAUGUCUUGUGGAUCAUGCAGCGCUGGCGAGCGUGGCAACCCACUGUAAGGCCCUUCACCUGGACUCUACGAGCCGGGUGCUGCAGUUCGCGUCAUUUAGUUUUGGGGUUUCUUUGAUCGAAAUCUGGUGCACGCUCGCCGCGGGCGGGACUGUGUGUAUGCCCUCGGAUUCCGACCGAGUGAGCCGUCUGGCGGAUGCCAUGGAGGAAAUGGCCAUCAAUUGGGCAUUUGUAACUCCCACUGUUUUGGGAACCAUCGGUCCAGACGCAGUUCCCGGCCUGCGAUGCAUCUUAGUCGCCGGGGAGCCGUUGAAGAAGGCCCAGAUCUCGCUAUGGGCCAAGCGCACGCGCCUGUUUCAAGCCUAUGGAUUCACCGAAUGGGCCGGGGUAUGUUGCGUAUCGCCACAGAUUCAGUCUAUCGCAGAUAUUGGCAUCAUUGGGACUCCCGCCAACGCCCGUUGCUGGUUGAUUGAGCCGGGCAACCCGCAGAGAAUCGCCCAAAUCGGUGCGGUGGCGGAACUGUUCGUCGAAGGCCCUAGUCUCGCCCAGGGAUAUUUGCAUAGUCCGGAUAAGACGGCGCUGAGCUUCCUCGAGGCGCCUACCUGGAGACGACAGGGACCACUAGGAGGGGAGAGGAAAUUGUGCAAUGUUUCAGGGGGCGUCCGCUGCUACAAGACUGGGGAUCUGGCUUACUACGAUUCCAACGGCCUGCUCAGAUAUGUCAGUCGGCAGGAUCGACAGGUCAAGGUGCGUGGGCAACGUAUUGACCUUGGGGAGCCUGAGUUCCAUAUGGCUCAGUCAUCGACACUUUUCCGAAAGGCCGUGAUUGAUGCUAUUGUGCCUGCCGAUGGGGACGGGGUUGCCAGCCUCGUUGCUUUCGUUCCGGCGCCCUCAUUACCCACAUCUCCAACCACAUCUGGCAUCGGCAACGCUUUUUUUGCCCUGCCAGACCAAGAGUUCGUGGCCACAGUUCAGCGGGUGAUCAAGACACUAGAGGAAAAAUUGCCGGAUGUCAUGGUUCCGCGCUUAUUUUUGCAAAUCCAGUCCAUGCCGCUGACUGUCACGGGCAAGAUUGAUCGACGACGACUUAGACAAGAGGCAGAGCAACUGCGACAUGAGGAGUUGCUGAGAUGGACUGGCGUGGAGAUCGCCGCCUCGGAGCCCCCGCAGACAUCUCAUGAAGUGCUCAUCCACCAGCUCAUCACCGAGCUGCUCAAUCUUCCCCCGGCACAAGUCGGCAUGGAGCAUGAUUUCUUCACCCUCGGGGGAGACUCGGUGAUGGCGAUGAAGCUGGCUGGUCGGGCCAGAGCAGCUGGCGUCGAGCUGACGGCGGCGCAUAUCUUUGCGGCUUCCCGUCUGGGCGAAUUAGCCCGUAUAGUGGCCCAGUUGGGUCAUACCUCGACGGAUGAAAUUGACUCCAACGAGCCGUUCUUCUUGCUUGAUGCCCAUUCCAAGCCAGUACUGAUCUCGACCGCUGCCUCUGUGUGCGGAGUGGAGGAAGGCGAGAUUGAGGAUAUCUAUCCCUGCACGCCGCUCCAGGAAGGGAUGCUGGCCUUGUCUGCAUCCAAGCCUGGUGCAUAUAUAGCACGCUUUAUUCACAAGUUGCAGCCGCAUGUCGACAUUGCUGUCUUACGCCAUGCGUGGGAGGCGGUUGUUCAGGCCAGCCCAAUCCUGCGGACGAGAAUAGUGACCGAACUGGAUGGCAGUAGGAUGUUUCAGGUCGUUCUGCGGGAGAGCUUCCAAUGGGAUGACGCGAACCCGGAUGUGGAGGUAGACUGGGACAUGUACAUGAAGCGGCGCACGACGGACGCCCUCUUGGUUGGGGUCCCUCUGGUGCAUGCCUCAAUCCUCGCCGGAUCAGAAUCAUCCUCCUUCCAGAGCGAUCCGUCGGCGAUGUACUUUGUGGUGAUGAUGCAUCAUUCCAUCUGUGACCGUUGGGCCUCAGGGCUGAUGAUGGAUCUGGUGGAGAAAGCCUACGCUGGCGAGCGUCUCGUGCCUAACUCGAUGGCCCCUUUCAUCCAAUAUCUCUCUGGCCAGCUCGCCAACCCCAGCGGAACAGAGUACUGGCAGUCGCAGUUCGAAGGUCUAGAGGCGGAGGUGUUCCCUGCACUCCCAUCUCCCGGAUACACGUCGGUGCCCACUGCAAGCCGCCAUCUCCCAAUUCUCUGCCAGCGUGAUGCUCCAGGUGGAUACACGAUCUCCAAUGUUAUCCGGCUGGCAUGGGCUGUGUUGAUCAGCCACUAUACCAGUUCGCCAGAUGUCGUGUUUGGAGUAACAGUGUCUGGCCGAGCGGCGCCCGUUGCUGAAAUCGAGAAAAUUGUGGCUCCCAUUGUCGCAACCGUGCCCCUUCGCGUGCGGUUCCGUCCCGAGGACACCAUCCUAGCGGCGCUGAAGGCCGUCCAGACCCAGUCCAGCGAGAUGGUUCCCUUUGAGCAGUUCGGUCUUCAGCGGAUCCGCAAGGUCAGCAGGGAGGCGGCCGAUGGCUGCAGCUUCCAAAGUCAACUCAUUGUCCAGCCGCCGUGGGCUGACGAGCAUCGUCCACUGCUGACCACCCUGGAAGCCGGGUCCGCGGUGGCCGGUGGUUUUGCCAGUUGGCCUCUCUCAGUCAUAUGCAGCCUGACAGAGUCGCGGCAGGUGGAUGUCACUAUGGAAUUUGAUCCUGUCGUUACUUCAGUGCCCGCGGUGGAGCGGAUUCUCCGGCACUUUGAACAGACCUUACAGUUUAUCCUCACAGAGCCCUUGCGGCCCUUGGAGGAGGUGCCAUUCAUCAGUCCGAUGGACCUGGAACAAUUGCGCCAGUGGAGUGGGCCGAUAUCUUCUCUCCGAGGCAGCUAUGAAUGUGUACACCAUAUCAUCCAACAGCGGUGCGUUGAACAACCCACGGCCUGUGCCGUCUGGGCUUGGGAUGGUAAGCUCACAUAUGCCGAGCUGGACCGACUUUCAACUCGCUUGGCGGCACAGUUCAUCAAUGCGUGCGCGGUGGAAGCCGAGGUGAUAGUGCCCAUCUGCAUGGAGAAGUCCCUUUGGACAACCGUGGCUAUCAUGGGAAUCAUCAAGGCAGGGGGCGCUUUUGUGCUGCUGGACCCAUCCCAGCCCCGGACACGCCUGGAAGGCAUUUGUCGCCAGGUUAAACCUCAUUUCAUAGUGACAUCUCCAGCCAAUCUCGAAUUGGCCCAGAACUUGGUCCCUGUGGCUGUGGUCGUCGACCAGGAUCAGUCGGACCACUGGCCCUCUGAUGCUACAUGCGCGCCCACCAUUGCUGCUCAGGAAACAUCCGCAUUAUACGUCGCCUUUACUUCCGGCUCGACCGGCACUCCUAAGGGAGUCAUGAUCGAGCACCGGUCAUUCAGCUCCAGUGCACUGGCUCUCAAUGCUGCCACGCACGUUACUCGUGAGUCCCGUCUGUUGCAGUUCGCCGGCUAUUCUUUUGACGGCAGCAUUAUGGAGACUCUGAGCACGCUGAUGGCCGGGGCUUGCCUGUGUGUGCCCUCAACUUUCGAAGCCCGCAACGAGUUGGGUGCUGCAGCGCGGAAGUUCCUCCUGACCCAUGCCCAUCUUACUCCGUCUCUCGCGCGGCAUAUCCUGCGAAGUGACCCGGGCUUUAGCGAGAUUAUUGUGAGCGUGGGAGAACCCCUGACUCCCUCCGACGUGGCCGACUGGGCUGGUAACAACAACGGAAACGCCCGGUGUCGAGUGAUGAAUGGUUAUGGACCAGCCGAGUGUGCGGUAUCCACAACCAUUCAGCCAUGUAUCACCACGGGCUCGAACCCUCAGAACAUCGGGUUUCCACUCACUGGCAUCUGCUGCUAUGUGGUCCACCCCGAUAACCAUGACAUUUUACUUCCCAUCGGCGCAGUGGGCGAGCUCCUCGUGGAAGGCCCCACUGUCGCCCGCGGCUAUUUGGGCGAUCCAGUUCAAAAUGAUGCAGUGUUCAUUUUCUCUCCACCCUCCUGGAUGCGCAUGCUGCAUCCCGAAGUGCCGUAUGGUCGGUUGUAUAAAACCGGAGAUCUCGUGCGUUACGACAAUGACGGGUCACUGCAGUACGUGGGCCGUCGGGACGCCCAGGUGAAGCUGCGUGGGCAGCGCAUCGAACUGGGGGAGGUUGAGAAACAUGUCCAGCAAUCAUGGCCAGAGAUUGACCAGGUUGUCGUCGAGAUGAUCACUUUUACAAUGGCCUCUUCGUCCAACACCCAAAGCCUUGUUGCUUUCGUGGUGAUGACCGAAGUGGCUGACGAUCACACCAACGGGGUCAGCGACGAUGCUCUCUUUGUCGCCAACUCUCUCGUGCCCUCAUUCAGGGAGCAAUUAGCAGUUGCACGUGGUCGAUUGCAGGAUAGGAUUCCCCUGUUCAUGGUUCCCGAGAUUUUCUUACCUCUUCGCUACCUACCUCAAAGUGCAUCCGGCAAGCUAGACCGACGCCGGCUCCGUGAUCUCGCUGAGGGGUGCUCACCGGAACAGCUGGCGUUGUAUCGUGAGAAUUCAGUGAACCGGUCGGCAAGGUCUCCCACCUCCGACGCAGAGCUGAAGUUGCACGAUGUUUGGGCACAUGUGUUGAACCGGCCUUCCGAGGACAUUGGAGUGGAUGAUAAUUUCUAUCAUCUCGGGGGUGACUCCAUUACUGCAAUGCAGAUUGUGGCACAAGCACGGUCCAAGGGCUUUCGAGUAACCCUCGACCAAAUAAUGAGACACAAAACGAUUGCCCAGAUCACGGCCCACUCCGAGCUAUACACUGCCUCGUCGAACGUCUCUAGUGGGGAGCAGUAUCAGAACGAGGACGAGGAACUGAAUACCUGGUUUGGUCUAUCUCCCAUUCAACAGAUGUUCUUGGACCAUCAAUCUGAGAACGGCAGCGGGUACCGCUUCAAUCAGACAUUUUUGCUCCGUCUCAGUAAGUCAAUUUCACUGAAUACAUUGCAUGCCGCCGUGGGCGUUCUACUGUCCAGACAUCCCAUGCUACGAGCACAAUUUGCACGCCUGCCUGAUGAUGGCCGGUGGAUGCAAUCCCUUCUCCCGACUGCCCCAGGCGACAAUGGACAGUGGACAUACUGCCACUGCACUGCCCACCGAUUAAAAUCCCGUUCCGAGUUGAGCGCUGUCACAGCGGCCAGCACGCAGUCGAUCAACAUGGAGAAGGGCCCUCUGACCGUGGUUAAUUUAAUCGACAUUACGGAGGAUGGCUCGCAGCACCUCUUCCUGGCGAUUCACCAUCUGGUGGUUGACCUUGUCUCGUGGCGCAUCAUUCUAGCUGACCUCAAUGCGUUGCUCGCCGGGGAGACUCUGCCAGGCAAGACCGACUCCAUCUCAUUUCAGACAUGGUGUCGAUGCCAAGCCCAAUAUGCACAACGAUCCCUCUUCCCGCAGGUCGCUCUUUCCUUGACCCUGCCAGAAAGUUACCAUAAGGACAGCAGGGCGUUUUGGUUCAAUUCGCCCGGCCAGCCCAACCGCAUGGGGGAUACGCAGUUGCAGAGCUUUACCAUCGAUGAGAAAAGCACACGAAUGCUGUUCAGAGGAGCCCAGGUCGCCUUUGAUUGCCAACCGGUCGAGAUCCUGCAUGCUGCUCUUCUAUACUCCUUCCUAAAAGCUUUCCCUUCCCGCGAUGCACCCAUAAUCUUCAAUGAAAGCCACGGCAGAGAACCGUGGGAUCCGGUUAUCAAUCUCGCACAGACCGUAGGUUGGUUCACAACCGUCUGGCCUGUGGUGGUGGCGGCCAACCUGGAGCAGCAGGAUCGGCACAAUUUCGCCCACAUCUUGCGUCGGGUCAAAGAUGCACGUCGAGCUGUGCCGAACAAGGGGUGGGCAUACUUUACCUCUCGCUACCUUAACACGGACGGUCAGCGAGCCUUCCGGCAGGAACACCCGAUGGAGCUCAUUUUGAACUAUGCCGGCGAGUUCCAGCAAUUAGAGCAUGCCAACUCGCUGUUCAAUACGGAAUCGCAUGAAGCACAGGGCGCGUUAGACGCGGGCGACGAUAUCCAGCGGUUUGCCAUCUUCGAAGUCGGCGCAUCCGUGCGAAACGGUUGUCUGCGGGUUCAAUUGGUUUACCCCCGCCAGAUCCGACAUGCAGAUCUGAUUGACGAGUGGGUUAAAACGUAUCAGAGAACACUGGAGGCUGCAGAAUCACAACUCCGGGCUGCAAGCCACAUGAAGCACCACACUCGCUAUACAUUGUCCGAUUUCCCUUUGUUGCCAUCGUUGUCGUACCCGCAGCUACAGGAACUUGUGCUUACAACACUACCGGCUCUGGGGAUUUCAAUGGACAACGUUGAGGAGAUUUAUCCAUGCUCUCCCAGUCAGCGCGGGAUGCUCAUCGCCCAGGCCAAAAUCGCCCACAGCUAUAAUGCCAGUGUGACGUGGAAGAUCCAAAGCUCCAUAGAUGGACAGCGUCAGGCACCGAACCUGCAACGUCUGUACGCAGCUUGCUGCCAGGUCAUCCAACGACAUGCCGCCCUGCGCACAGUAUUUGUCGAUAGCCCACGCGCAGAUUCGUACAUGGAGCAAGUCGUGUUGCGACAUGUCCCACCGGAAUCUGUGGUCACACACACCACGCUAUCGGCAUCCGGUCCUCUUCUUCCAGCUGCCCUGUCAGACGGUUGGCCCAAAGGGCAGUUAAUGCACCGAAUGAAUCUGUGCCAGUGGGAGGAUGACAGACACGAAGAAAUCCUGCUCCGCCUCGAUAUGAGCCACGCCAUUAUGGACCGAACGACCAUGCAGAUCAUUGAGCGCGAUCUGUGCCUGGCGUAUGAGGGGAAACUUUUCCCGGGGAGAGGGCCACUGUUUAGUAAUUACGUGUGUUAUAUCGAGCGGCAAGAUCGCGAGGCUGCCUCCCGCUACUGGCAAAAAUAUCUACAAGGCGUUGAGCCGUGUCUGUUCCCGAGCAUUAACGGAGAGGACUGCGGCCACGACGAGGAAUGGGGCAGCGUAUCCCGCACGUUACAGCACAGUAGCCUGGGAAAAGCCACCGUGGAUGAGUUUUGCCGAAGCCACAAUGUCACAAUGUGGAACCUGGCGGCUCUUGCCUGGGCCCUGGUGCUCCGCAGCUUCACCAAUUCUGACCACGUCUGCUUCGGCUAUGUCAAGUCCGGCCGCGAUCUCCCCAUUGAUGGCAUCGAGGACGCUGUAGGCGCCAUCUUAAAUCCUCUCACCUGCCGGGUCACCUUGACCGGGGACUUGAUGGUCCGGGAUAGCAUAUACCAGCUGCAAGAGGAGUACUUGGAGAGUCUUAGGCAUCAGUGCUUUCCGCUGUCAGACGCUCAUCGGCUGGCCGGUGUUACGGAUGGAGCGCUCUUUAAUACCUCUGUCGGGGUGCAGAGUGGCCAGCUCUUGCAGAAGGAAGACAGGGAGCUGGAAUUCACCACGCUUGCCAUGGAGGAUGGAGCUGAAGAUGAUCUGAUUAUAUCUGUUGUUCCUGGCAGCGACAACACCACUCUCAACCUUCGAUUCAAAACAUGCGUUUUAUCGCAACUGCAGGCCUGCAGCGUGAUUUCGACGUUCGAGAAGGCAAUCCGCUCCAUCCUCACGGCCGACAACGAUACUGCAAUUACCGCAGUCGACAUCUUCAGCGAACACGAUUUUAACCUGGUCUUAGCCCGAAACCAGAGUCUGCCUGCUCGCGUGGAAUCUUCCGUCCAUCAGAUCAUCCGCGAGCGCUGCAACGAGUAUCCGGACAGUGAGGCCGUAUGUGACACAGACGGAUCGUUUACUUACCGAGAGCUGGAUGUUCUCUCGUCGCGAUUGGCGCAGCAUCUCAUCGUCAAGUGUGGUGGCGUAGCUCCUAACGAGGUGGUUCCUAUUUGUUUGGAAAAGUCCCGCUGGACGCCUGUAGCGAUGUUGGGGGUAUUAAAGGCUGGUGGCACAUUGCUAUUGCUCGAUACCUUAUAUCCCCAACAGCGAAGAGUAGAGAUCUGCGCCGAGGUCCAGGCCCGAAUUGUGGUCACCUCCUCGACGCACGCCUCCAUCAGCAAUGAGCUCGCAACCACUGUGGUGCUCGUGGGACCGGACCACUGUGCCUGGGAGCUAGAUGGCCAGAGCGAUCGUGACGCCAGUAGCAUCGCGCUUCCAGUUGUGCAACCAGACCAUGCCUUGUAUGUGGUCUUUACUUCGGGCUCCACAGGCAAACCCAAGGGGCUUGUCAUCGAUCAUAGCUCUUACUGCACGGACGCCCGAGAUCAUAUCGCGGCCUGGAAGCUCACUCGGCAUUCCCGAGUGACACAAUUCUCCUCCUACGCAUUCGAUAUGAGUAUCCUUGAACAGUUGAGCGUUCUCAUGGCCGGGGCCUGUAUUUGCGUGAUCUCCGACCAGCAGCGCAAAAAUAGCUUCAGCGAUGUCGCCUGCACUCUCAAAGCUAACUUUGCAAUGCUAGUCCCCUCGGUGGCCCGUCUCUUCCGUCCCGAGGAGCUGCCCACGAUCGAUAGCAUCAUGCUGGCAGGCGAGUGUAUGACGGAGACGGAUGUCUCUUCCUGGGCGCCUCAUGUCCGGUUGAUCAAUGGCUAUGGGCCUGCGGAGUGUUCUGCCUUGGCUGUCGUCCAAUCGUCGAUUUGCGCCACGAGCGACCCGCGCAAUGUUGGACAUCCCAUAGGAUGCGUCUUGUGGGUGGUCGAUAGCGACGAUCACGAAAAGCUGGUUCCCCAAGGAGCCAUUGGUGAGUUGCUGAUUGAAGGUCCAAUUGUUGGCCGUGGGUACAUCAACCAGCCCGAAAGAACCGCACAGGCAUUUAUCAAGCCCCCGGCCUGGCUGCGGGCACUGCGACCCCUUCAGGCGAAUUGUCCCCGUCUCUACAAGACCGGGGAUUUGGUCCGUUCAAAUACCGACGGGUCUCUGAUUAUCAUCGGCCGCAAAGAUCGCCAAGUCAAAUUGCGAGGACAACGGUUGGAGCUGGCUGAGGUCGAGGUCCACGUACAUCGGUGCUUCGAUGGCGUUGCUCGCGAUGUCGUGGCGGAGAUGAUUGUGCCCGCCGGAAGCACCAAAUCUCAGCUCGUGGCCAUGGUUCUUUGGCAGGAAGAAUUUGACCAAGAAGACAAAUGCAAAACCCACGAGUCUCAUACCUUGGGAGCUCCCAGCGAUAGUUUCGCAGAACGAGUGGCCGCCGUGGAGAUCCGACUACGCCAAACGGUCCCUGAUUUCAUGGUGCCCGCCAUUUUCCUCCCUGUUUUGCACAUGCCUCGAACGCAUUCAGGAAAGAGCUAUCGGGCCUCCUCCUCGCCGUCCUCUGCCGAGAACCCUCUCUCCAGCGACGCCGAGCGUGCUCUGAGAAACAUCUGGGCAACCGUUCUGGAUCUUCCUAUCCAGACCAUUAGCGCAAGUGAUAACUUCUUCUUCCGUGGCGGACACUCCAUCGAUGCAAUGAGGGCUGCUGCACUCGGCCGGGCUGCAGGCAUGAGCUUCGGCGUUGCCGACAUCUUUGCCCAUCCCACUCUAUCAGAGUUGGCCAGAGUGGCAGUCCCCAAAGACACCGAUGAGGACAAAUCGUGGCAACCAUUCUCCUUAAGUCCCAUCGAGGACCCCAAGGCGCUGCAUGCGCACUUAUGUGCAAAGAACAUUAUUCCCAUGAAAAGCACGCUGGAAGAUUUGCUCCCCAUUACGCAGGCUCAGCACUUCUUCAUCCAGAGAAAAACAUUGCAUUCGUACAACUGGACGAUCAAAGGGCGCUCACUCAGUAUGGAUCGUCUUCGCGCCGCGUGUCAAACACUGAUAGAGCGAUACAGCAUCCUCCGCACCAGCUUCGUGGAACAUGAAGGGUGUCCAGUUCAACUCGUGCUGGCAGACUUCGAUGCCAAAAUACGUGAGAUCCAGUGUUGGCCGGAAGAGGAGCCCUUGGAAGUCUGUAAAUCGCUGUGGGAUCGCACGGACUGGCCCACACUGGACGUCAUGGGGGGCAGUCUGCCGGUGAGGUUUACUCUUGCCUCUCGUCCGGGGGAGCAGCAUGUCGUUCUCACGAUCCAGAUUUCACAUGCGCAGUGGGAUGGAGUCUCCAUUCCGCGGCUAUUCAGCGAUUUCGCUGCCAUCUACAAUCAAACACCCCUGCCGCCCACCUCCGACUUUGCUCAAUACCUAUACCACAGGGUUUCGUCCGCGGCAGCGGAUAUCAAACAGGAUCCGGCGUUCCAGUUUUGGCGAGAGUAUCUCGACGGUGCCAAGAUGGCCAUUCCAUUUGCACCCCGUCCACGCACUCUCUGUACAGAGCCGGCCGUCGCAACGCAGUCUGAUCAGACCCUCUGGACGUUCAAGGGAAUCUCCCCGCCUCCCUCCUUGCCUUUGGGGGUUACUAUGGCCACUCUAGUAAAAGCAGCAAGUGCUUUCUUUCUUUCCCGUCAUCUCGGUCAAAGAGAUGUAGUUUUUGGACACACAGUCAACGGCCGAAACCUACCCCUAGAUAACAUUGAAUCACUCCUAGGGUGCUGUCUCAACUUUAUCCCUCUACGAGUCACCUUUCCUGAAGACCCGGCCGAGUGGACUGUCAUGGAUCUUCUAAAUCAUGCGCAAACUCAAUAUACUCGGUCUCUCUCCCAUGAGCAUGUCGAGCUCCGCGAGAUUUUCCAGCACAGUACAAACUGGCCUGCAGAGACGCCACUGAGCUUCAUUGUACAGCAUCAGAAUAUCGAUUUGAGUUAUAGCCUUCCCUUACAGGGAGCUGUCGUUGACGGAGACGGGGAAGACGACGGUCCCCUUGAUGUCCAGUUUUCCAGAUUCGCUCGCUUCGAUCCGUUAGACGAAGUCUGGAUUUUUACUGAGCCACAUGCGGAUCGAUUAGAGGUUCAGAUCUGUGCCAGCUCUCGCGUACUGCGUCAAGAACAGGCUACGAACCUGUCCAAGGACAUAUGUGCUAUUAUCGAGAAGUUUGCCGCCUACCCAGCGGCAAAAUUAUUCGAUAUUACAUUGUAG